GCCAAGGAGCAAGGAUGAGGUGGACUUUCUGGUUCCCUGACUCACAGCAAGUGACAAGCCGCGUUUACUAUUCCCUUCCCCUCUCUCGGGGAAGAGCCCUCUGGGCAGCUUCCAGUUUUAGCUAGGGCAGGAGCGGGGUUUUCUUUCGACCCAGAAGCCGUCUGCAGAGAAAGAAACCUGAGUUUGGGAGCGGGUUUUGGAGCGGAAGAGCUGCCAGGUAGCAUUACGGCUGAGAGAACUUCUGUGCGUGGAGCCCCCUCCUCCAAGAGUUGGCUGGGAAUCCGACUGGCAUAGCUGUAAAACGGAGACCUUUUCUCCGACCAGCCGCGGGGCGCCGUUAUGCUCCGAGGACGAAGAAAUUCAUAGCUGAGGGCUCAUCGGCGCCAAAAAUCACAAUGCCUGGGAAUUCAUGUUGGCACCUUCAUCCCACUGGAAAGCUACUCGUUAGUAACUCACGGGCCCUGCCUUCUCCCAAGAUCCCAGCUACCAUCCACCAACCAUGAAACCCUGCCGGCCUUCUUACCUUUCGGUGUGCCUUCUUGUAUCCUCUGCUGCCCUGGCUGCAGAUCUGAUGCCCAGGGUGACCAUCCGGAGUGGAGAUGCAAAUAGGAUCAUCCCCUCUUUCAGCCACGACGGAGUCCUGAACUACGAUACUUUCCUCCUGAGCCAAGAUGGGGAGACACUUUAUGUGGGAGCAAGAGACACCAUCCUGUCGCUCGAUAUCAGAAACGCCACCCCUGUCAGGCUGAAGGGUUUGGUACCGUGGAAGGCCAGGCCUGAGAAAAAGGAAGAAUGUGUUUUUAAGCAGAAAAGCCUUGAGACAGAUUGUUUCAACUUUAUCCGUGUCCUAGUACAGCUGAACAGCACGCACCUCUACACCUGCGGGACAUAUGCUUUCAGCCCCACCUGUGCUUACGUUGAACUGGGUGAUUUCAGCCUGGGGACGGAUGAAAGCGGACAGCCGCUCUUCCAGAAGGGGAAAGGCCUGUGCCCGUAUGAUCCUAACUACGACAAUACAGCCAUUGUUGUGGAUGGAGAGCUUUACACAGGUACUAUGAACAACUUCCAAGGCAAUGAGCCCAUCAUCUCUCGUACCCUGGGCAACCGAGUCGUUCUGAAGUCCGAUUUCUUCUUUACCUGGCUGAAUGCUGAUGCAGCCUUCGUGGCUUCGUUCAACAUCCCCAGCCCUCCAGAUGACGACAAAGUCUAUUUCUUCUUCUCGGAAACGGGCGAGUAUGACUUCUUUGACAAAAUGAAGGUUUCCAGAGUGGCUCGGGUGUGCAAGAAUGACGCCGGAGGAGACAAAGUGCUUCAGAAGAAAUGGACCACCUUUCUAAAAGCUCAGCUCUCCUGCUCCCACAAGGGGGAAUUUCCAUACAACGUCAUCCAGCACAUCGUUGCUAUCUCGGAGCCGGGAGGCGGCACUGUUUUCUACGGCAUCUUCACUUCUCAGUGGCGGAGGGGAAAUCUGCAGAGCUCAGCGGUCUGUGUCUUUGACUUUGAGGCUAUCAAGCAAGCCUUUGAAGGGAAAUUCAAGGAGUUCAACAAGGAUUGCUCACAAUGGAUGACCUACAACGGGCCAGCGAUUGAUCCCCGUCCUGGCAGCUGUUCGGUUGGCUCUUCUGCAGACCGGGCCCUGACGUUCAUUAAGGAGCACUUCUUGAUGGACGAGAAGAUUUUGCCUGACAAAAAUCAGCCUCUCCUGGUGAAGCAGAAUGUCCUGUACACUCGGAUUAUGGUCCACCAGACCUCAAACAUUGUCGGGGAUCCGUACAUUGUGAUGUUCUUGGGAACAGAGGAUGGUUCCCUUCACAAAGUAGUGGUCACCACCCGGGGAGCUCACAUCAUCGAAGAGAUCCAGUUGUUCGAGGAGGCGGAACCUGUUCGGAACAUGCUGCUCUCCCCUGAAAAAGGCAUCCUUUACGUGGGCUAUUCAAAAGGCAUACUGCAAGUAUCGCUGGCCAACUGCAGCAUGUACAGAAGCUGUGCAGAGUGUGUGCUGGCCCGAGAUCCCUACUGUGCCUGGGACCGAUUUCACAACAAAUGUGCUAGAUUCCAACAGGAGGAGGACCUGAAUAACUGGCUGCAGGACGUUGAGCAGGGGAAUCCCGGUCUCGGAUGCCAAGACAAGACCAAACGCUUCAGAACUUUGAUGAAGUCUCCAAAUGAAGCUGACGACGGAGUUGUAAAAACUUUGACCUCUUCGUUGAACUCGAUGGUACGGUUGUCCUGCCCUCAUGCUUCCGCCCUGGCCAAUUACACGUGGAACUAUCCAACGGGGGAAAAGGCAGAAGGGCUGGUCAUGGAAGAUGACAAAAACCUGGUCGUUAUUGUCCAGAAGGCCUCCCUUGGCACGUACGAGUGCUUGUCCAAUGAGAACGGGUACCAGCAGGUAGUGGCCAGGUACCGUGUGCUCACCCCGAAGUACCCCGGCAUUCUGGGCCACAGCGACAAAGACGGCAUCGCCGAGGAGGGCCUGCCGCACCGGGCCAUGCCAGCGGGCAAGCGGAAUUCUUACUGGGUCCAGUUUGUGACUGUGACUAUACUUCUGUCGAUGACCUUAGCUAUCGCAGCGGCUUUCGCUUUCUUCACUUACCACGACCGGCUGAAAGCCAAGAACAAAGUUCAGGGGUCCAAUGCCCCCGAAGGCGGCAGAGCUCCUGGACAACAGCAGGCCCUCCUGAGCAACAGCCAGAGUGCCCCACAAGGCAACGAAUAUCAGAUGCAGGGCCCCCAGCAAGAAGUGGCCACGAAUGGUGCCAAACCCUGCUGUGUGCAGCCCGAGGAGGCUUCUUUUCAAGUGAUCGAUCUCGACAACAACCGCUUGAACUCCUCCCUGCUGAAUGGGGACGACUCCAAAAAGGCCGUGGCGGCGGGCGGGAACCUGGCUUGAUUUAGCUCGCCCCCUGCUGGCUGUUCCCGGGAGCAGACCUUUCAAGCCAUCGCCUCGGGCUCACAGGCAACCUGAAAAAGAAUUCUCGGCCUCUAUCCAUUUCUAUGGCAGCAACUGAAAAUACCAUCGGAAAACAAGGAAUUACCUCUGAAUUCAGUUUUUCUCGUCUUGUCUGUACGAUGCCACGCAGCCCUGGAAAACUGGCACCAAGGGGCUGGCGGAAAUCCUUAACGUUCGCAGGUCUUGGGGGUUCCCCCUCCAUCUGCCCUUCCUCCAUCGAUAUGGUACUGGACCCCAGCAUUUUCAUUGUGACGUCUCCACAGGGUCGCUGGUAGCUGAAUUCAUAAACCUCUAAUGUGAAAUGUUUACAGAGAUCAGGGACAAACAGGCACCCUCCUCACCUCUCAUCUCCUGGGCCCCGUUGGGUUUGGAGAGGUGUGGGAAGCAGGGGUCAAGGCCUUGUGGGUUCUACUAGAAAACUAGACGGUUUUGAGGUUUUGUGAUAAACGAGACAGGUCUAUGGGGAACACUGCCAAAAAAUAAAGGGAUGGGGGGGGCAUAAAGCAGUGGGUUUAAAUGAGGGGGUGAUAAACUUAAUGGUAAAAUACAAGCACAGCCUUACUGUAUAAGAGACCAGUGCAGCCGUGGUGUUUGCUCCAUGAGUGGGGAUCAGAGGCAGACCUAUCCUGAGGCAAAUUUGGGGCACUGCUGAGGCUGGCAGAGUGAGAGACAGGCUGACAUCUGAGCCAGGGAGAGCAAGACCUGCUCAAAGGGUGCGCCAUGUAUCACCUUAUCUGCAAGCGAGGUUGCUGUAUGGUGGCACCCAGCAGAUGGAGCUGGCCAAAUAGGGGCCCUCUUUUUGUCGUCCUGGGAUAUUGUGAAAUGGCAGGGUUCCAGACAGGGUUAUCUGUGCUUGCUGACCCCAAAUGGGGAGGGAAGAUUGAGGCAUCUCCACAAGCAAGUGGGCAUGCCUCCCUGUGAAUUUGACUCCCCACUUAGAGGUCUGUUUGACCUAAAAGGCUGGGUUACAACUGAUUCGUGUGUAUUUCAUGCAAAAAAGAAGAAAGGAAAAUUCAGGAAAAUUCAAGCACCAAGAAAGAAAAAUCUGGAUUCUUCUACAGUAGCAUAUUUUUUCCUCUUAUUUUUGCACAAUUUAUUCCAAUAUUUUUACUAUUUUUGCAUAAAUUAUUGUGGUUUUGUGGAAAGGAGCUAAGCAGGGGCCAGAAUGCUCUCUGUCCCCCAAACCACUGGAUAUCCUGUUCAGCCACCUUCCUUUUGGCUUCUGGGAUUUUAUAUCUCUUUGCUGCCACAAGGAAGAGAAAGUGAAGUUGUGUUUGGAUUAGAAAAUGAGAUUGUCUGGAAGCGCUGCAGUCUACAGAUUUGUUUCCCCUGCAGCCUUACAGAAUCUUUGCAUAUGCAAGGCUGUAGUUGAGACCGAAUGCAUCGUAAGAGCACAAGACCUGGGUUCAAAUUUCUGUUCUGCUGUGAAGCUCACUGGGUCACCUCUGAUAUGUGUGGACAUGGGGUGUUCGGAAGCAUUUAGACCAAGGCUAGGGUGUCCAUGGCAUAAAUUGGAUUCGAACCCCUGUCUGCAAAUCAGAACAUUAUGUGUUCACCUUGCCAGCUUGCAUGGGAUCUAAGAAGUGUGUGGGACAAAAUGUGUACAGCCAGAGAGUGAAGGACAUCCCGAGUUCUUGAUAACAGUUGAGACAGCAGUCUUAUCUUUUUUACCCAGCAUGCCCUUCUCUUGGCCUGUGUACACUUUCUGAACCAACACCAAACAUACUCAAAGGGGAGGUUGUUCCACCAGGAUGGGGGCUGGGCCUUUCUCGUCUUGCUCCAGGUUAGGAGAAAGCCGAGAGUUUCCCUCCCACCUCUUUCUCAUUAACAGCUGCGUUUCUCCGAGAUGGAAAAAUUAUUCCGUGCCCAUGUAGCGCUUCUGACCUCUAGCGAGCGAAACGGGAAACCACAACUUUUUAAACAAUUUUAUUAGAGCUGCAGUUUGUUCGCCUUGGCACUUUCCCCUGAAUCAGGGACCUUGACUGUUAAAAACACACACACACGCACGCACGCACACACACACAUACACACACACGUUUGAUUUCUAGGCUUGUUCUGGCCAUGGAAACCACUUGGGAGGUGGUUACGUCAAGACAGUAUUUAUGGUUGAAAGGGCUUGGUUUUUCAUUGGUUCCACAGACAUGUUGAUUUGGGUCAGAGAUUCUGAAAGCCCAGAAAGUCAUUGGAGCGGGCAAAUGCUGUGGACUCAAUAAUCUGGCUAUGGCUCGGUAGCCGAGCUCGAGUCCAUUUCGUGGGCUUUUGCAUAGAGAGGGACAGAAGAGGGCAUGCAGGGUUGCGUUUAUGUUUCUGCUUUACAGAUAGGGCUGGCCUCAGGAACUGGCAUCACUGGCCCAGGGCCCGCCACACGGGCGGUGGGGGGAGUCCACUGGCAAGCAUCUUCCCAAGGUCUUUGGAAAGAGCCUUUGUCGGCAGCCGAGUCUGGGUCGUCCUCCUCCCACUGCAAGCACGUUUGUCAUGUUUAUAUGUUAACCUUUGUAAGUGUAUACUCGAAACAACUUUGCACCCAGAGCUUUGUGUGAAAACAAACUGGGGGGGGGGGGGUCCCCCAUUACUGGGUCUGAGCAGCCUGUGUGGGUUUGUGUGCAUGCGUGUUUGUGUGAGAGAAGUGUUCUCGAACUGUGAUUUAGAUUGUUGUUUCUUCCAAGAGGAAGGCGGGGGGGACAACUAUUCUAGUGGGUUAUUAUUUGUAUCAACAGGUUGUAUCACUGGAAUUCUGUGAGUUGCAAAAAAAAAUACAAAUCCUAGGAAAUCGGUUUAAUUCAAGUCAAACAAGUGACGAUCUGUAACUUCACUAGGUUUUGUGGCUUUAUUUGGGAAUCUUGUUCCAGUGGAACAGUUGGAUUUGAGUCCAGUGACACCAACAGGAUUAUCAAGGUAGGAGCUUUUGAGAAUUAAAGCUGCCUUCAUCAGAUACCCCGGAAAUCUUCCUGUUCUAUAAGCUGCUACUGGACUCAGAUCUAACUGUUCUACUGCAGACCAAUCCAGCUACCCUCUGAAACUUGUUGCAGUGAGAAUUCUUCUGUGCUUUAUUCUUCACGCAAAUGUUCUUCCAAGCCACUACUACGGGGGGGCACUCCCCUGUUGCCCAAAGGGCAUUGUAUCCCAUCUGAGGCACAGAUGUUUGUGUAAUCCAAUUUAAGCUUUAAUAUUUGAUAAAUCCUUAUCAAGGGGCCAUGGACCCUGAACCAAUAAAUGAUUUAUGCCCCUCCCCCUUAGAAAAGCAAAUUUGGCAAGGGGGAGGGCAUCGUGAUCCUGCUAUCCGCAGUUCAGCUGAUUUCAACCAAAGUAGUUGCCCCAAAGUGGAGACGAAAACUAGUUUGAGUUGCAAAUUACUUGAGAGAAGUUUUAUUUCCUAUAGAAUACCCACUCGCACACACACAGAAAUAAUCUCCCCUGUGUCUUGGACUAGAAACAAUAACGCCACCUUUCAACUCUCUUGGGGGGAAAAUGUUUCCAGCUUCAUUUUCCCUUUUAUUGGAGAUCGACAAAUUUACACCAGUUUGGUGUUUUGAUCUUUUCAUUCCACGUUGUGUUUAUACAUUUUUUUUAAAGAUGUAAAUCUUUGUUGCGUUUAUACAUGCUAUUUUUAUUAAAAAAUGUGAUGUUAUUACGA